UGACGAACAGAAGCUCUGUGUGGAUCGCAUCAGUGAACUAGAGGAGCUCUUCAAACAUCACCGUUCUAUCCAAGAGGAACUCAGGACAUCUUGUUUGUAUAUUUCAAAUUUCUCUUUCACGCUCCAACUUCCAUUGCUCCAUGUGUCAAACCCACUGAGAAACGCGGAAUUCUUGCAAUCAUUCUCGCAUUGACGCGCACAUGAGGCACUUUGACGCGGUUCUGGAUUUGUAGAGCGCGUGAGGAGUUCAGGAUCUGAGUGUAUCAGACUGACUAUUAACACCAAUGCAUGCAUACACUCUGGAAGUGAUAGACUCAUGCAUAACAAAAAACGGAUGCCGAAGUCUUUGAAAUAAGAGGAACGAGCACAGAGGAAAGACUGCGCUGAGGAUCGGAGACAAAGGAAGAGAGCGAUAGGAAGGAAGACAAGCGGACAUUACUUUUGGAAUAGGAAGGAAUAACAGACCGAAAUAAUGGGGAGGAAAAAGAUUCAGAUUGCGCGGAUAAUGGAUGAACGCAACAGACAGGUUACAUUUACAAAGAGGAAGUUUGGACUAAUGAAGAAGGCCUACGAGCUGAGCGUUCUGUGUGACUGUGAGAUUGCCCUCAUCAUCUUCAACAGCACGAACAAACUUUUCCAGUAUGCCAGCACCGACAUGGACAAAGUUCUGCUCAAAUACACAGAGUACAACGAGCCCCAUGAGAGCCGGACGAAUUCGGACAUUGUGGAGACUCUAAGGAAGAAGGGUCUAAACGGCUGUGACAGCCCUGAUAUUGAUGCUGAAGAUUCAGGCCAGAGUCCAGAGUCUGAAGAGAAAUAUCGCAAAAUCAAUGAAGACAUUGACCUAAUGAUCAGCAGGCAGAGAUUGUGUGCCAUCCCCCCCUCCAGUUACGACAUGCCCAUCUCAAUUCCUGCGAGUAACCCCAACAGCCUGAUCUACAGCCACCCGGGAGCAUCGCUGGGCAACCCCAACCUGCUGCAGCUGGCCCACCCCUCCCUCCAGAGGAACAGCAUGUCCCCUGGAGUGACCCACCGGCCCCCAAGUGCUGGCAAUACAGGUGGCCUCAUGGGUCCAGACCUCGGCAGCGGAGUAGGCACCAGUGCUGGAAAUGGGUACGUAAACCACCGCAACUCCCCUGGUCUGCUGGUCUCCCCGGGGAGCAUGAGUAAGAACAUGCAGGCCAAGUCUCCACCCAUGACCAUGAACAUGAGCAACCGUAAACCUGACCUCCGCGUGCUUAUCCCCCCUGGCUCAAAGAACACCAUGCCCUCCAUCUCUGAGGAUGUCGACAUGAUGCUGAACCAGAGAAUAAACAACUCCCAGUCGGCCCAGUCCCUGAGCACCCCAGUGGUGUCUGUAGCCACACCCACUCUGCCGGGGCAGGGCAUGGGCGGCUACCCAUCAGCCCUGUCUACCUCAUAUGGUACAGAAUAUUCUUUCAGCAGUGGAGACCUGUCUUCUUUGUCAGGUUUUAACAGCUCUGCUUCUCUCCAUCUGGGUUCGAUGACUGGCUGGCAACAGAACAUGCAGCAUUCUGGUCUUCAACAUUUAGGGAACUGCACCAGCACACAGUUGUGUCAGAGCUCCACCCUCUCCCUACUGUCCAAUCAGAGCCUGCACAUAAAAUCUGAACCCGUCUCUCCUCCCCGAGACCGAGCCGGAAGCACCCCGGGCGGCUACGCCCAGCCUCCGCCCCUUCAGUCACAGCAGCAGCAAGCAUCUCAACAGGGUCAACUGCGACAAGACGCGGGCCGUUCGCCCGUCGAUAGCCUGAGCAGCUGCGGCAGCUCGUAUGAGGGCAGCGACCGCGAGGAGCACCGCGCUGACUUCCACUCGCCCAUGGGACUGCUGAGACCCUCUCAGGACGACAGGCACAGCCCGUCCGUCAAACGCAUGCGCCUGUCCGAGGGCUGGGCCUCGUGAUUGACACCGCCCACCAGUGGCUCCGCCCCUCAGGGAGGGCUUUUCUAUGUGGAGAUUUCACUAUAUAGUAUUAUAUUUGUUUCUGCGGAGUGUGAGUGCUACAGCAAGUAUUAAAAUUAUAUAUAAGAUAAAUAGGGAGGGUGGGUGUGUUUGUGAUUUGGGGUUAGGGGCAAGGGAUAUGCAUCGCUUGUGAUGUGUGGGAAAACGGAAAAAAAUUAUUCAUGCAAUUUUACAUAUGUGUGUAUGUAUGUAUACAAGCAUACAAGAUAAAAAAAGAGAAGUCUGGUACUCUUGUUUGGUAAAGCUACUUUUUAGUUCAGUAAUAUAUUAUGCAUAAUUAAACUAUUAUUAAGACGCAUUGAUGUGUCUCAGGGCUUGUACAAGUAAUAUUGUACAAGCAGGGGUGUAGAUUCCAGGGGGGAUGUGAGGAAGGUAACCCCCCAAUAAUCAAAACAAGCAAGUACAAUCCCCCCAGUAUUUAUACCGUGAUCAAUGGAAACAUGUAAAUUCACAUGUAAAAUCCAAAUCUACGCCCUUGUCCCGUACAAACCAGGGCUUUUAUGCUCACCAUCAAUGCUCACUAACUUGCAAAUGUAUAUUAUCACAGACGUUGUUGUGUUGCAGGUUCAACGUAUUUAUGUAAAUAGAGGAUGAUAAGGCUUUUGGGUAAAUAAGCUGCCAGGAUUUGCAGAUUUAUUUACGAUUAACAUACACACACACACAGAGAGAGAGAGAGAGAGAUCACACACCAUUUUAAGAUUACGUAUUCAAGGGCCCGGGGCCGAGGAUUGUACACAAUUUAAAAUACAAACGGAAUCAGGAAUUGUUCUAAAUAAAAGGAUUCUGUUGUUAAUGUUGUUGAUAUUUAGAUCUAAGAGCCAUGUUAACAACUUUCAAGUUCUCUGGGCCAUGUAUUGCCUAUCCCCGGUGCAAACGAUGUACAAAACCUUUUGCUUAUAUUUUCAUAAAAAAUGCAGAGCAUUUGUUGCUACCUGUUGACCACGAGUCAGAAUGUGAUUUCAAGCUUUGCCGAUGUUGAACAGAAAGGUAAAGCCGUGUGAGCUCCAAAAAUAAAGCCAUAUAAACAAUUUAACAUCAGUCUUUCUAGAGUUUUUUUUGUUUGCAUUCAAUUCACUCCUUCACACUGUAUCCUGAACAUCUAGACAAAAGAUCACACUGGUGUUUUUUGAUCAAUGCUUUUUAACAGGUUAUUUGUUGUAUGUUUUGUCACAGAUACAGGUGUUUUCUCAUACUAAUAUACCCAGACUCUGAUGUCUUCAUAGGUCUUGUUCUCACCAGUAAACACUCUUUUACCAGUUCUUAGUCUCUGAGAAUGUAAUCCACCUGAACAGACGUUUAGAUUUUAAUAACAAAUGUACAGUAGUUAUGAUAAAACAUCUUUAGAGAAAUGCAAUUGCUGAUCUUGCAGCGUUUUUUCCAGAUGUUUUCAUAUUUUUGCUGCUUGUUCAAUUUACUUCAUUAAAAUGAACUAAAGCAACACAGUUCUUGAA